AUGCCUGAACUGGAAGAUUCCACAACAAAAACUAAGGCAGAGUUCGACCCCAACAUACUGCAGGACCUGUUGCCACUGUACUAUAAACGCUUGUUUCCCCACAAACAAUUUUAUCGAUGGAUGUCUUACGGACGCUCUGAAUCGUCCGUGUUUUCGAAUCGAGAAUUUUCCUUCACCUUGCAGCACGAUGUUUACAUACGCUACCAAUCGUUUGAAACACAACAGGAGCUUGAGCGUGAAAUUUGUUCCCGAGCACCUUUUAAAAUCGAUAUCGGUGCGGUGUACAAUGUUCGUCCAAAGGAUCACCGUGGCAGCGUUGCCGUACAGCCCGUACAAAGGGAGCUGGUGUUUGAUAUCGAUAUGACCGAUUAUGACGACAUACGCACGUGCUGCAACGAGGCGAAUGUUUGCCAGCUCUGCUGGAAGUUUAUGUCCAUUGCGUGCCGGGUAUUGGAUGAAGCACUGCGAGAAGAUUUCGGGUUUGAACAUCUGCUGUGGGUAUUCAGUGGUCGGCGUGGUAUCCAUUGCUGGGUAUCGGACAAGGCAGCGCGUCAUCUUGAUACGGCUGCCCGGUCCGCUAUCGCCCAGUACCUGAAUGUGUUGAUUUCUGGCGGGGAAGGAACGGUUUCCCGGGUAAUCAUACACGACGAGAUGCAUCACAGUGUGAAGCGUGCGUAUACUAUUGUAGCACCACUGUUCGAAGAGAUAUGUUUGGUGGAUCAGAAUGUUUUCGGAAAGCCCGAGGGUGUGAAAAAAUUGCUGGCACUCGUGCAGGACCAGACGAUGCGAGGUGAACUAGAAAAGCGCUUUAAAGCAGGCCCGAGUGAUUCGAAGAGCGUCUGGAAGGAGUUUGUCGCAUACUUCGAGGAACUACGCAUGUCGGGCAAUAUCAACAGGUAUCGACGGUACAAGUACAUCGUGGAGGAAGUCAUUUUGGCGUUCACCUAUCCCCGGCUCGACAUAAACGUUACGAAGGGCUUUAACCAUCUACUGAAAUCGCCCUUCUGUGUGCAUCCAAAAACGGGCAAAGUGUGCAUUCCCUUCAACCCAAACAUCGCCUCCAAGUUUGACCCGACGGAUGUGCCUACCAUAAUCGAUCUGUUGAAGGAGGUGAACACAUUCGACGAAAAGAAUACGGUUGAAGGCGAAGAGAAUCGUUCAAAAAUUAAAGACUACAAGAAAACGAGCAUGUUCAAAGGCACGGUCGUAUUCGAAGAGUUUCUUCGCAAGCUGGAGCAAACGUUCAAAGGGAAAGCGGCGGCACUCAGUGACAUGAAAAUGGAAUUCUAGCUAGGUGUAUUG